ACUUCCUGGUGUAUCACACAUGAAAUCGUGUAUGUUCUAUCGUCAGCUGAUAGAUAUUUAGAUGUCACUCAAAGCCGACACUAGCUGGUCAAACUGAUGGCUGCCGUGGACAAAAUCAAGAUCGUAGUUGUAGGAGACUCUGGAGUUGGGAAGACAUCACUAGUUCACCUGAUUUGUCACAAUGAGACAACAAGCAAUCCUGGCUGGACCAUCGGAUGUUCAGUAGAAGUCAAGUUCCAUGAAUACAAAGCUGGAACGCCUUUACAGAAGACAUACUUUGCAGAAUUGUGGGAUGUUGGUGGGUCAACAAGCCAUGAAAAUAGUCGUGCAAUAUUUUAUAAUCCAGUACAUGGUAUUGUUCUAGUCCAUGACCUCACAAACCGAAAAUCUCAUCAUAAUUUACGUAAAUGGUUACAGGAAGUUCUUAACCGCGACAGUCCGAAAGAAAAUAACGGUUAUGAAUAUGACCCUGAACAAUUUGCUGGAAACCAGAUUCCAAUCUUAGUCGUCGGAACAAAAGCUGAUCUGGCCCAAAGUCUCAGAGAAAAUUUCCUUACCAAGGCAUCCAGCAUGGCAGAGGAAUGUGGAGCAGAGGAACUUAAUCUUAGUUGUCACAAUGUCAAACAUCUGUCACCAGGGUCAACAAAUGCUGUAAAAAUAUCACGAUUCUUUGACAAGGUGAUAGAGAGGCGGUACUACAGUCGAGAUGGUGUUGGUCAGAGUCAUGUGACCACACCAACCAUGGACAGACGCCGACCAAUGAAAAAUUUCCAUAAUGACUGACAUGGAGUGAAAUGUUUGUGAUCACUUUAAGUUUCUCUGAACUAUUUGAGGAUUUCCCAGUAGUGUUCAGCGAUUGAUUAUUGAUUCCAAAGUAAAUUUAUAUCUUGUAAUGCUAAUACAUGUAUAAGUACAUGUUAGGAACUUUAUCAUAUGAAUGGUUUGCAAUAAGUGCAUUAGGCAAUAUUUGAUUUUUCAGAUAUGUGAUAUGUAAAUAUUAUACACAAGGUAGCCAUUUCUCUUGAUGUAAUCGACUAGUGAUGUAGAUAUGUGUAGUAUGUCUAAUUAAACAAAGUGGGGAUAAGCC